AUGGCAGACAAUCACCCACCCACUCUAUCCGAUUCAAUUGACAAAUGCUUCACUGAGUUCUUGCGCAUACAAAGGACAACCGACUUUUGUCCCGAACUGGCCCUGGAACUGGAUAAACUACCGCGUAAACAUUGGACAACUCUCGGCUUGCCAGAGGGCGCCGGAGACACGAUAGUGAAAGGACAUCCUAUUCUUCAGAACGACGGCAGUAUAUUUGUUUGGGCAGUGCUGGAGAAGAAUAUUCAACAAGCGGCUGUUUCGUGGACGGAUGCCCUCCGCAUAUUGUAUGCGCAGCUUGCGAUAGCGAACUUGAGCCAACUAGGCGAUAUGCCCGAUUUGUCUGUACAGCCCCUUCCACAGAAAGGGAAAGUGGUGAGAAAGAUUUCCUCUAUGACUUCUGCUUGGCAAUUGGUUAUUGAAACCGGUAAAUCCAUGAGACUUGGCCCGUGGUCAGCUCCUCUUCAACUUCGUUUUGUUCAGGACGCUCAGUGGAGCAAGAUGGCUUGUGCCCUCUUCGACAUCCCAUUCUAUCAUUCUAUCCUCAAUCAGCAGUGGACCCCUCCUGUCUUCCGGAAUUACGCUCUUGGUUGGAUCCCAGACAUUCUGUUUUCUCUCCCUCCCCAGCAUCAGCCCCGCAUUGAUCCUGUCCGCUGGUGGAAGGGAGAUAUCAUUGGGGCUUCCGUACGAGCACAGUGCCAGGCGCUCCUGGACUCGACGUACGGUGCACUCAUCCUGCAAAGAAAGUGGUACAGACCAACAUGGUAUUCGGACGCAUCUUUGACGGACAGUGUUGAGCUGUAUCUGUACUACGUCACUGAUCCUGUGACUUCCUACUUACUACAUUGUCAAAUGGCCGGCAUAACUCCAAAAUCCCCAUUCACGGACGAAAUUGUCGGCCUAUUGAAUGAUCUAAACGAGCUGCUGGUCAAGCAUCCGGGGUUGUUCAUCCCAAUUCCUCUGAACUUGUUACCGUUGGACGUUGUCCCCCUCUCGACAGCGUCACGAUGUCCAAUGGUAAACGGGCUUGGUAGACUGCCCCCCGGAGCUCAAGUAGCGCUUCAGCGGUGGAACGACCAACUCUGCAAGAGCGUCAAACCCCAAGACUUCGAUUCCAAUGCAAAUUCUCGUCGCAUGUGGAUGUUGACUGUCUUCGGCCGAGUGCAUGACUUGCGCACCGCCUAUCAAUUACUCCAAUCACUGCCAGGUGAGCGCCGAAACGACCGAUACACCAUUGACCCGAGUACGAUUCCCGGCCGCAUCCGCCAAAGCUGCUCCACCCAAUAUGGAUAUCAAGUCCAACAGCUCGAGGAAGACUUUCGCCUUCACAUUCGUAAAAUGCGUGCGACCGUUGUUGUGGCAUGGGAUAAAUCCGCAAACGCCGAAACUAUCCAACGACUCAUUGCAGAGCAGGAGCGUGGACAACGCUCGAUUGCAAGACUUGGUGCACAGUCUGCACCAAUGACGAUAAACGAGGCGAAUACGGCGUCGAACGAACCUGCUCAGGUUUCCCAUGAUCUCCACUCCAACAACCAUGCGGCCUCUAUCGUUGAUGAGGUUCCCUUGGUGCUAGCACUGCCGCCUCCUUCCUCGACGCAACGAGAUCUAAGGCGUACCUCUCAGUCUAACCUCCAAGUUUCAACUGAAGAAAAAGAAACUAAUGUCGCCCAGCAGGCGCCUUCAACAGUUUCAGAUCCUCGCAACACGAAAUCCCUUUGUACUGUAGAUGGCGCAGAUAUCGACAUAACACUGUCUGAGGAUCGCCGUCUACCAACAGCAACGACGCUGCGUCCCUCCAAACCACGAGCUCAGCGAGAUUCCGUCCGACCUCAUAAUCAUCCUUUAGGUACAAGCAGCAAGUCAUUAAUGCCUGCCAGCGAUCUCGAGGACAACACCCGUCCAGCAAAGCGCCCACGUCGAGAGCAAACACCUUCGUCACGCGCCCCUGCUCAUUCCGAAGGAAGUCGGCACGGAGGGCAAGUCUCCUCAACAAUUAACGCACCCAAAGGAAGACACCCAGGUCCUGCCCAAGCACAUUGCAUAGAGAGAUAUCGAGAGUUGAUGAAGUGGUAUCACCGCGUCCCAACGUACGAGAUACCCAUAUCGAUUAGUUUGAGAACAGUAUUCCUCAAGCAGAAGGUGAAGAAACACGACGGAAGACCGACGCUAGCUGCCAGGCGACCAUCCGACCCCGUUUUCUACCGCCAUUCAGAGGUUACGGCUCAGCUGAUCAGACAGCAUGGUUGGAUAGUGACGCGUUGGGAAGGAGAAGCGAGCGUAGUAUUCUCCCAUGGUAUAUAUCGCUGUCAAGCAUGUCAAGCCACCGCUGUUCAAGAACUCAAAUUGGAAGACGAGGAGCCCAGUCCAGACACCAAUUUGUUCGAUCCAGCAGCUUGUGAAGCUCACCCUGCGCUGGUCGUUAAGCGUAAUCCCAUGCCGCAGCCCGGGACAUCUGGUAGCGUAUGACCUCGAAUCAGCGAGAUCUGUGUGACCGUUCCCGGCCAGUAUUGCUAUGGUUGCUCGACGAGAGGAAGACCUUGUAUGUGGUGUAAUGAAGGGCUGAAGAACAUUUCAGGGGAGGAGUACAUGAAGCCUAUGACAACGUGGGACGAGGGUAGAUGUCCUUCGAUGUCCCAGCUUUGGGACCGACUGAGCAAAAUACAAGGUCGGACUCUUGGACGACCAUUAACCAAGAACCAGG